UUAGAAACAUAAAAUGAUCAUAAUAAUGCUCAACUCUAUAUAUUGAAAUAUUUAUUUCAUCAUUCAUACAUUUCAUGGGACGAAUUUACUCACAGUAGUUACAUUAAACAUGUCAAGCUUAAAACACUUCAUUAACUAGGAUUUGCUUUUACGACAUCAACAAGGAAUUCCCAUCAACAAUCUAAAUGUUGGUAGUGUUGAUAUCACGUGAUCAGUGUGCAGGAUCUGUCUUGCAGUCGUUUGGUAUUUUUUGAUGAUUAUCGACGAGAACUGUCAUGAUUUAAGAAAUUUCAUAGUGCAAUGUGUUCUCUGAAAAUAUUUUAUUUCUGAGAUACUGACCCUUAAAGUUGGUAAGGUUGUAGAGGGAAAACAGUGUCGUACGCCGGUUGACCCCGGAUUGACCCUGCAAAGGGGAAUAACUUUUGUAAUUGUGAAAGUCAUCUAUACAGCCAGGCGUCUGUACGUAGGGCUGCACAAUAAUAUCAAUAUUCUUGUAGUCUAAAUAAUGGGCAACUCCUCCUCUUCUGAACUGCCAUUGGCAGGAGUUAUCUGCCUUGCGGUGUUUGGGUACACAGCCUUAAUCUUUAUUAUUGUGUUCAUCAGAUACAUGUGUGUGAGACAGGGAAAGUGCCAAGAUGUGGAGUGUGGAAUGUGUGGGAAGGAGGGGGCGCCACAGUGUUCCGAUUGCUGUAUCAGCUGUUCUGAGUCAUGUGGAUGUAGUGCCCCUUCUGUCAAUAACUGCCUUAACAAUUGUUGUCCUAAUAAAAAGCUUACUUGCCUGGAUAUUUUGCUUUGUCAGUGCUGUUUAGGAGAAAAUAAUUGCUUUACAAAUCUGUACUAUAGCAAGUCUUGCGAGAUUCAUUGUGGAACAGAGGGCGCUGUGAACUCCUGUCGUGAGAGAAUUUUGGGCUUUUUCAAUUGUGAGGACUUUCUUAUGAACUUUUCCUGCUAUGAGGACUACAUUCAUGGUGAAAGUUGUUGCCAUUACAGCUGUAAGAAAUUUUGGAAUACUUUGUGUGACCAAAAGUCUUGUCCAAAAUUAUGCAGCUGUGUUGACUUACUGCGAGCACUUUGUAGAAGAGCAAGGAAGCAAAAAGUAGAAAGUGUUGAUGAGGGUAUUGAGGUGUCUUUGGAAAGCUUAGAAUCUUAUAUCAAGAGUAAAAGAGGUCAUCAUCAUGGAGACAAGCAGCGACCCAUUAAAAGUGACUCAGAAAGUGAGAUAAGUAGUUGUAAGGUUCACAGAGGUCAUCGUCAUGGAGAUAAGCAUCAACCUGUUACAAGUGACUCAGAUACUGAGAUAAAUAGUCGUAAGGGUCACAGAGGUCAUCGUCGUAGAGAUAAGCAUCAACCCGUUUCUAGUGACUCAGAAACUGAGAUAAGUAGUCGUAAGGUUCACAGAGGUCUUCGUCAUGGAGAUAAGCAUCAACCGGUUACUAGUGACUCAGAUACUGAUUUAAGUAGUCGUAAGGUUUACAGAGAUCAUCGUCAUGGAAAUAAACAUCAGCCUGUAACUAGUGACUCAGAAACUGAGAUAAAUAGUCGUAAAGUUCAAAGAGGUCAUCGUCGUGGAGAUAAACAUCAGCCCGUUACUAGUGACUCUGAUACUGAAAUAAGUAGUCGUAAGGUUCAUCUUAAAAUACCAAAUCAUAGAACCAAAGUACCUCAUAAUAAUGCCGAUGACAGCAAUGAUUAUGUAAAUGGGAGUCAGGAGGAAGAGGAUGAAAGUGAUAGUUAUAGCAGUGUUAGUUAGAUUUCAAUUUUAAAAGUCAUUUGUAAGCUCAGUGUUAGGAUUGAAAGUAUUCUUUAAGCAUAAGAAUACUUCAUUUACAUGUAUAAUGCUCAUAUUAAGUGCCAAUGUGACUAUUCCCUCCCUGUUUUGACAUGCUUUUUCAUUUAAGCAAGAGACUGCUACUGACAGAUUCAUUCAGUAUAUUCAAAAUCCAAAAUAUAAUGCAAAACUUAAUUUCAAAGAGAUUUUUUUGUGAUUGGGAGAAUUAUUAGCCUUUGACAUUUUAAAGAGGGGGCACUCUUCAUUUUUAUAGCACCUUUUUUAGUUUUAUCUGCGAUUCCAUCCAUUCUUUGAAAUUCUCUACGCACUGUUGAAAACCAAUAUGAGCUAAAUAGCUAAUGAUAAUUUUAUUUGUCAAGUUUACUUUAUUGUUUGUGGUUUUAUCAUUGAUUUUGGUUCAGUGUGCUUGUUUAUAAUAAUGUUUAUACAUUAUACUAUGAGGUUACAAUUUGUAAUGUUUAAGAUUUUUUUACCUGUGAUGGAAAU